AUAAGGGUUAUUCGGCCGAAGGACAGACGGCUGUGUGAUGACGAUACAUAGAUAAUAUGUGUCCCUCAUGGGUACCAUGCAACGCCUGCCGGUCAGCGGUCUAUGGAUCCUGACUGCACACUACUCUCACUGUACACACGCUUUCUCAAAGCCUCUGUCGCUUCCGUCCACUCAUCAUUCACCGUGAGCACUUAGUGCCUGUCUGCCUGGUUGGGUGGCCAUCAAUCAUCUCAUCUCCACCCCCUCUCAGCCUCCUGCAGCACAUACUCCGCCACAGCAGCAACAUCCUCAUCAGUCAACCUCGGACCAAAGGUACACUGCACACACCACACACACACACACACACAUGCACGGACGGUGCAGACUCAUAUCAACGGCUGGCUCUCGUCCCUCACCCGUGAUUUCGGGUUGCAGCUCUCGCCAAAUCCGGGCAUGUUCGCCACGCCAUAGUAGGUCACCUGAUAGAGCUUGUCGACGUCAUAGAUUUUGUUGCCGAUGAGGUCUCCCUUCUUGAGUGUCUUGCCGGCACGAGCCGACGCUAUCACAUUGCCACCGCCAGCAUGGCACGCUGCACAGUUGAUGUUGAAAACAUCCUCACCCCGUGUUGCGCCAAUGACCGGGUCGAUGGGAAGGCUGGCGAGAGCAACGAGGGCAAAAGGCAGCAACACACUCCGCAGGAGGCUCUGCAAAGGCUGGGUAGCAUCGGUUGCAGCGUCGUGUCGUGGCUCAGACGCCUUCAGCAACCCGCUGCCGAGAGAUCUCCUGUCGCUGUGGGACAGGUGGGAUGGUCGUUGCGCCGUCUGCUGCAGUCGUGUAAGCGAGGGAGUGAAGGCAGUGAAAGAAUGAGUUGUUGAAGAGAAGACGACAACUGCGACGACAAGUUGCGUCACCAGCUGGUGGAGACCUCUGAACAGCCGCAUCGUCCAGACGGAUUCGUGACGGGAUCUUCCUGCAGGCUUAGCUCGCAGCUUUCCUCC